AUGCUCACAUUCUACAUAUGGGUAACUGAACGAGCAGAACAGAAGGUGCACCCUGCGGGCGUUCACCGCAAGAAGCAGCAGAAGACAUUCGACCUGCUGCCGGGAACAACAGCAGAUGGCCUCCGGACGGUGCUUGUCUAUGGGAAGAAGUUUGAGGUUUGCGAUAAGUCUCUCUUCAUCUUCGGACUGGAUGGUCCCAUCCGGCAGCAGGUCAUGCUGCUGGUGUUCUGGGUUUGGUUCGACCGCAUCAUUCUCCUCCUGAUUGCGUUGAAUUCAAUAGGCCUCGCCAUUGUGGACUGGCGGAGUGAUGCAAGCUCAGGCUUCAACGGCUUUUACAAUGACAUCCUAGAUCUGUGGCUGACGAUUUUCUUCACCCUGGAGGGUAUCCUGAAG